GCGCAAAAAGGCACCAAAAGCGCUACUACUUCCCCACUUUAAACCCCCAAAAUUCUUUUCCUCAUUUCCCAAACUCACUCUCUCCCUAUUUUCUCUCUCCUAAAUUUACACUUGAUUCAGCAGAACAACAACAAACAAGCAUGAGUAGAGGCAGCGGAGCAGGCUAUGAUCGACACAUUACGAUCUUCUCUCCUGAAGGUCGUCUCUUCCAAGUUGAAUAUGCGUUUAAGGCAGUGAAAUCUGGUGGAAUUACAUCGAUUGCUGUUCGUGGGAAAGAUUCAGUUUGUGUCGUUACCCAGAAGAAAGUUCCUGACAAGCUUUUGGAUCAAACUAGUGUUUCACACCUUUUCAAAAUCACCAAGUUUAUAGGGUUGCUUGCCACUGGAAUGACAGCUGAUUCUAGGAAUUUGGUUCAACAAGCAAGGAAUGAAGCAGCUGAGUUUCGUCAUAAAUAUGGAUACGAAAUGCCAGUGGAUUCAUUGGCUAGAUGGAUUGCAGAUAAGUCUCAAGUAUAUACUCAGCAUGCCUACAUGAGACCUCUUGGAGUAGUGGCUAUUGUUAUUGGAAUUGAUGAAGAGAAUGGACCUCAACUAUUUAAAUGUGAUCCCGCUGGACACUUUUAUGGUCACAAGGCCACAAGCGCUGGAGCUAAAGAUCAAGAAGCCAUUAAUUUUCUGGAGAAAAAAAUGAAAAAUGAUCCUGCUUUCUCCUUUGAGGAAACUGUGCAGACUGCGAUCUCUGCUCUUCAGUCUGUUCUGCAAGAGGAUUUUAAGGCCACUGAGAUUGAGGUGGGAGUUGUUCAAGUUGGGAAUCCAGUUUUCAGGUCGCUUGCAACCGAGGAGAUUGAUGAGCACUUGACAGCCAUUAGUGAGCGUGAUUGAUUUGGAUGUGUUUAACUAGGUGGCUGGCAUAGUUUGCCAAGUGUGCUAGUACUGCUGAUGUGAAAGAUGUUCUCAACCUCCUAACCUGAAAUUGCAGUAGCCGUUGGUAGAACUCUUUGCCUUUUAUAUUUACUGUAGCAUCAGAUAAUUGUUGAUGUUUCAAACUUAAAGGGAUUAUUAUUUCAAAGAGCUUCUGUGCAAGUUGAUGAAAAUGGUUUAGAUGCUUGGUAGCUUUGCACUAGUUUGCUUCCUUCUCGGCUGUCUCUAUUUGGCAGUCAAGGCAGGUCAUGCAGUAGGUCGUUUCCUUGGGUUUUACUUCGACAAUCUUAUUGUGCAAUCUUUUGUAUGAAACUUGAAGCUGCAUCUUAGAGGUUGAUUUUUCAAUGUGAGAUCAUUUACCUCACUGUCCAAAA